GAGAACAACUAAUAACCAGUUAAUUGUAAAACUUAAUUAAUUUUUAUCCACUACAUCCCCAUAAUUAGCCUUAGCGAUAAUCUGUCGAGGUACAAUCUUCUCCUAACUUAUAUUAAGCCGUAUACGGUAAUAGUGUACUAUCCAUUAUUUACUAAUUAAGUCAAAUAUUUAAAACAAAAAGUAAUCCAGGUUUACUCCACUGGUAUAGACUUUCAACCUUUAUUCCGACUCCAAGCAACGACAACUGUCUGAGCCAAGUUUGUCGGUUCUGGUGUGAUUCAUUCAUUAUAAUAAAUCAAUUCAUUCAUUCUUAUUAUCAAUAUGCCACCAUUUUCUCGAGUUGAAAGACGUGAGUCUAUGGCAGAAAGAAGACCCUCAAUGUCUUAUACUCCACCUGUUAUUCCUCAUUUAGAAGGUUUAGAAAAACCUCAACAAAAUCAUAUUGAUCUUGAUCAAGCAGAUGUUCUUAUUUUAGGAACUGGACUUAUUGAAAGUAUGUUAGCAGCUGCUUUAUCAUGGCAAGGAGUUCAAGUAUUACAUAUUGAUAAUAAAUCAUAUUAUGGUGAUGCAACUUCUACUUUAACAAUUGAUCAAUUAAAAAAAUGGUGUAUUGAUGUUAAUCAAGGUAAAUUACCAAAUUUUCAAGAUGCUCAAAUUUAUAUUCCUGGAGGUAAAUCAACUAAUAAAUUUAAGAGUAAAGAUUAUGGAAUUGAUUUAACUCCAAAAAUUAUGUUUUGUAAAUCUGAUUUAUUAAGUUUAUUAAUAAAAUCAAGAGUUUAUAAAUAUUUGGAAUUUCAAAGUCUUAGUAAUUUUCAUGUUUUUGAAAAUGAUGAUUUUAAUCAAAAAAUUACAAAUUCUACUUCAAAAGAAGAUAUAUUUACUGAUAAAUCACUUAGUUUAAUUACUAAAAGAAAUUUAAUGAAAUUUUUAAAAUUUAUUUUAACAGAUAAUAAAGAUUCUGAUAAAAAGAGAUUAAUAUUUGAAAAUUCAAAGACUAAUAUUAUUGAUUUUCUUACUAAUAAUUUUAAUUUAGAAUCUCCUCAAAUUAAUGAAUUAGUUUAUUCAAUUGGUUUAUGUAUAAAACCAACUACAAAGACUCCCGAAGCAGUAGCAAAAAUUAAACGAUUCUUAGUAUCUUUUGAUGUUUAUGGAAAUUUCCCAGUAAUGGUAUCAAAAUAUGGUGGACCAGGAGAAAUUUCUCAAGGUUUUUGUAGAAGUGCAGCUGUAGCUGGUACUACAUAUAAAUUAAAUACUAAUCUUAUUGAUUAUGAUCCAAAUCUGAAAAUUGCAAGUUUUAAUGAUGGUUCUAAAGUUAAAAUUAAUGAAAAAAUCAUUAUUAGUCCAACUCAAUUACCUAAAUUUUUACAAUCAUCUUAUAAUCAAUUAGUUGAUAAUUCACUUCCAACUUAUAAUAUUACAAGAUUAAUAACUGUAGUUAGAAGAGAUUGUAAAGAAUGGAUGUCAAAUCAAGAAUCUUCAGCAAUUGUUGUAUUUCCUCCAUUAUCAUUACCAACUCAAAAUAAUCAAUCAGUUCAAGUUAUAAUUCAAAAUGGUGGAACUGGAGUUUGUCCUAAUGGUCAAUCAAUUUGGUUUAGUCAUACAAGUGAACCAGAUUUAAAUAGAGCUAAAGCAGAUUUAGAAUCAGCUUUUGAAAAAAUGGAAGCUUCAUUAUUAAGAGAAUCUUCAUCAAAUUUAGAAAAUGGUUUAGAUGAACAAGAUUUUAGAUUAAAUCCAAAUCGUCUUAGUAGCACACCAAUUCUUGUUAAUUCAUUUAAAUUAGGUGAACAAUUACAAAAUUUUGUCCCUAAGGAAAAAUUAGAAAUUGUUUGUAAAGUUGGUUAUGUUCAAAAGACUUUAAUUAAUCCUGAUUUAACUAAUGUAUUCCAAGCUACUGAAUCAAAUAAUAUUAUUCUUAAAUCAAUUCCUGAUUCAAAUAAUAAUAUAAUCUUUACUAAUAUGUUAAGUUCGGAAUUAAGUUAUGAUGGAAUUAUAACUGAAACCAAAUUAAUUUAUUCAAAAAUUACUGGAUCUGAUGAAGAUUUCUUUGAUGUUGAUUUUGAAGAUGAAGAAGAAUUUGACAAUAAUAAUGGUGAUUCUAGUGCCAUUGAUGAUUCCAGUUCAACGGGUACCAAUGGUGGUGCCUCAGCAAUAACACAAUCUAAAUCUACUACUUCAAUUGGUGGAAUUGUAGGAGGUGGAGUUGUUGCAGGUGAUGAAAAUGUCAUUGAGGAUUCGAGUGAAGAUGAUAUGGCCAUAGACGAUGAUGACGAAGAUCACGAUGUUAAUGAUAAUCAUGAGCCAUUUGGUACUGACGUAGACAACAUGGAAUUAUGAGACUUUUGUUUGUUUUAAUUAAAUUUAUCUAUCAGACUAUUCUUUUUAUCCAGUUACUAUAUUGUUAUUCAUAAAGCUAUAUUUAUCAACUAUUGUUUUUUUUACUGUUAUCAUUCUUCCUUAUAUUAUUCUCAAAUUUACUGUAUCCAUUAACUAAUUUCAAUUCUUGUUUGCUUGAUUUUGUUUGUUCUGUGUUGUUAUCAAAUACUUUAAACUUCCUUAUCACAUUUUAAAUAAAUAUUUACUUUUACUAUUCCAAUUCC